UUCAUUUCCCCCAAUAUCAUCACCAAACCCAAACCCAAACCCAAACCAAAGUAGUUGAAGCACUACUUAGUAUAUAUAUUUGUUCUUUGUAAUAACAUAAGGAUCGAGGAGAUGAAGAAAUCAAAUACUAAUAGCGAUUCAUCAAAACUUGAUCGCAAAACAAUAGAAAGGAACCGCAGAAUUCACAUGAAAGCUCUCUGCUUCAAGCUUGUUUCUACUAUUCCUUCCAAUUACAUCAAAGCCACCAAGGACAUGCUGACACAGCAGGACCAGCUGGAUAUAGCAGCCACUUACAUAAAGCAUCUGAGAGAAAGAAUAGACAAAUUGAAGGAGAAGAAGGAGGAAGCCAUGCGCAUAUUGAUGAGAUCAAACCAACGCAAUAACAGUAUUUCCAAUAUUGGUUCAAAAUUGCCCCUACUUGAGAUAAGAGACUUGGGUUCGGGCAUUGAAGUGAUGUUGAUAAGUGGGUUGUACAAGAACUUCAUGCUCUACGAAGUAAUUACUGUCCUUGAGGAAGAAGGCGCUGAAGUUGUCACUGCAAACCACUCUACUGUUGGCGAUAAGAUUUUUUACACUUUUCAUGCUCAGGUUAAAAUAUCAAGAGUUGGUGUAGAGCCAACAAGGGUAUAUCAGAGGCUUCAGGAGUUGAUUGCACCACCAGAAAGUUGUACUAUUGGCAUGGACAACACAUUAUUAGAAAAUGACAACAUGCAUUGGGCGUUGUUAUUCGGACCAUAGCACCUUAGUUAAUGAAUCAAGCUGUGAAGGAUUAGCUACGCUGUACAAGUUUUACGGAAAAUAACUUCAAAUAAAUAAAAGAAAAAAUGUGUAUCAUUUUAAAAGAUAUAAAAUUAUAUCAUUUUAAGUGAGAGAAAAAGAUAGAUAAAAGAGAAGAAAGA